UGCGUAAACUAUCAUCGUCAAACGCAACAAAGCUCAAUAUAUUUUUCCUAAUCCCGCAGAAUUCAAACAAACCUACAGUAGGCCCCACACAAGUAUUCGAAAAUGUUCGAACCUUUUUUUCCUCCGUGCUGUUCUUAUGGCGGCAGGGAUUUUUCCGGCGGCCAUAUAUAUCUCUUGGUCUAGCCGGGGAUUUCUCUCAAGAUAUCUAGUCGGGGAUUUUUUACAAAUGGCCCGUUGGGCACUGUAUAGUGUUCUCUAGCAGACUAAUUUGCGUAACAUUGAGUAACAUGACUCCUCUAAUCUUGAGAAAAUAAAUUUCUUUUUAAAAAAUUGAAUAAUCAAGCCCCCUUUUCUUGUUUAACCCGACGGUGGUUUUAAGUUUGUUUUGGUCUGCCUCUUACCUACCCUGUAAAACUUACAAGAGCAAAAGAAAUGUUCUCAUUCUUACCUGUCUUGGGAGCAGCAAAGAGUGCGCACACUACCGAUUCACCAAUUCAAGGGAAAUGGUGAGAAAGGAACGGUGUUUCUUUGUUUUUAUCGUUGUUGCUUUGACGAUGUCAGCUUUCCUGAUGAAAUCAAACAUCAACCAAAAGUCUAUCGUAAAGAGUAAAAAUUCUGUGCCGUUCAAUCCUGACAUUUUUGUUGUGACAAUCAAUAAGUAUUCUAAAAAUAGCGACCAUUCCGACCAGAAAAAGUUGUCUGAGAGCUCUUUCGAUAGACGCAUGACUUAUCCUUGGAAGGACGAUCCUUCUUGUCAACAUUUUGCAGUACAGAUGGCCAAAAGAAACAGUUUGCCAAAAUGGGCUUUGACUUCGUUUCCCGGCAGUGGAGUGACUUGGACUAGGCAGAUGAUUGAAGGACUAACCGGUAUCUACACCGGUAGUGUCCAUGUGAGAGAUCCGUUACCUUACAGAAAAGAUAAUGAGAAAAAUAUGGGAAUCACAGAUAAUCCAUUUUGCGGCUGCACUCUCAUUGACAAGGAUCACGAAGCGACCGAGGGAGUUUUCGAAAGGAAGCAGUACCUAGAGUUACUUCAUGGCAAGGAAUAUUCUAAAAUAAUCAACGUAACCUACAAUUACCGUGGAGUUCUGCUAUUGAGAAACCCGAUGGAUGUGGUUUUUGCGCAUCAGAAUCAUUUGCUGGUAGGCAAGUUCAACACAGCGCCUACGGAGGCGUUCCGCGGUCCCGAAUGGGAUGAACUAGUGGAAACAGUGGCGUACGCCUGGACUGAUCACGCCAUUCGCUGGAUAGAGCAGAUCAAGCAGGGCACAGUCAUUUUCUACGAGAAUUUGCUUGGAGAUAAUGCUCAACUUGAACUGGAACGAUUACUGGACGCAAUGGACUUUCAGCCGCGCCCUGUCGAUGCCAAUAGGAUGAGAUGCACAUUGGCGCAUAGAGAUAAAAGCGAAUACAAGCGAAGCAACAAGACUCGGUUAUCACUCGAGAAAAAUCAUCGCGUUAAAUUAAUGAAGUCGAUUAAUCUAGUUCAGCAUAGUUUACGUAAACGGAAUUGGCCAUUACUUCCUGUACAUCUGUACGACAAACAUUGGUCUAUUGGGGAGUAUUCUUGAAUGAUUAAUACAAAUAAUUAAAAAAAUUAUCGAUUAAGAAUUUUUGUUAAAAAUUUAAC